CAGACUCUCGCCGCCUGGAGCCACGCCCUGUAACGCUCUGUGCGGGCGGGUUAUAUUCUGUCACACGGAAGUUUGUUACGGGACAGGGAAGCAGAAUGGAGAGCGGGGCGUACGGGGCACCGAAAGCUGGAGGCAGCUUCAGCCUAGAAAACUUUCUUAAGCGGCCGGAGACGAUACUGAGAAUCAUCAGCUGCAUCUUUGCUCUCAUUGUCUUUGCUUGCAUUGUAUCAGAUGGUUACACAAAUAUCCCAAAUGAGAGUAAAUUAACCUGCAUAUUCAAUAAAAACAAUGACGCCUGCCACUAUGGGGUGGGCAUUGGGUUUCUGGCCUUCCUCGCUUGUAUCCUCUUCUUGUUUCUGGAUAUUUACCUGCAGACCCUGAGCAACGCCAACUACCGCAAAUACAUAGUUCUGGCUGACCUGGGCUUCUCUACACUAUGGAGUUUCCUCUGGUUUGUGGGCUUCUGCUUCCUAGCAAAUCAGUGGGCAGUGUCAACCACAGACGGUAUACUUACUGGAGAGGACAAUGCUCGAGCAGCCAUUGCAUUCAGCUUCUUUUCCAUCAUAAGUUGGAUACCACUUGCUGUCUUGGCAUACAAGAGGUACAAACAGGGUGCAGAUUUCAACCCAGAUUAUGUUGAUCCUACUCAGGACUCUUAUCCCAGCUACCCUACUGGAGCCAGUGACAACUAUCAAAGCCCACCCUUCACCAACAGCAGGGAGGCAGGAGAGUAUCAGCCGCCACCAGACUACUAAACAAGACAUUUAAAUUGGCCAGACUGGAGUGGCUACGGAAGGAAUAAAAAGCCAUUCAAACAUACACAAGUCUGAACACAAGGCAGCCAGUUUGUAACAUGUUCUUUGCAUUUUCUGGAUCAGGCUCUGCUGAGAUUACUAUGCUUAAGGGCCCUCUGCUUGCAACCUACAGGCCUGUAGGCGAGGAAAUGACAUUUCCUUUUCUAGAACAGUUAAUGCACCUCCAUUGUGCGUACCAUUCUCAUCCUUCCCUGGCUACUAGCAUGCCCAAGGUAAAAUGGUUUAUACUUUAUUGGCAAAAUAUCUGGAUGGAAGGAAACAUUUACUGUGGUCACUGGAGAUUUAAGGGCCUUAUUCUUACAUGAGACAGAGAACCACUUCUUGUGCACUAUAUUAGACCUAAGUCAUUCUUUGUAUAUCUGGGGUGUUACCUGCUACAAAGCAGUAUUCUUAGUGCCAAAUUACUGUAAGUGUUUAAAAUUCUGCAAAGAAGCAGUGCCAUUGAGAUAGAGCUAUGUUAAUGUUGAUCCUGCAUAUGAUGCACAAGUUGGUACACUGGAAUAACUUGUAUGUAAUGUUUAUUGGUGGUUUACAGACUGUUUCAGGCUUGCUGUGUGUUCUGAAUCAGUGCCACUAAUUCUUCUAUGUAAAGCCUAGUUUGUUGCCACAAAAAUAUUACAUCCAAUACAAGUGCAUUGUACUCCUUUUCUGAUAUAGCGGACUGCUAUGGGAAGUGCCUACAUAUCAUUAGGAAUAGAAACUUUUAUCUGCCUGUUGUCUGUGCUAUUUUAUUGUAGGGGCAUCUUAUUGAUUUGAAGACCUUUUAUAAGAUAAAAAGCUUACUGAAUAUGUAUGUAAAGUAGAAAUGCUACACAUUAUGUUUUGUGUUUGUACCAGCCCAAGGCAACCCCAGCCCUUUAGUAGGGAAGAGCUGUGCCUCCAAAGAUGCCCCAGUAGCUCCCCAUCUUCUUUUCUCCUGAUUCACUGCACGCUGCCAGUUACCUCAGCUUGGGGACCGACUUACAAUAUACUGUAUGUAUAGAAUAUAAAUGUCACAAAACAAAUCUGAUUAAGCUGCAAACUUUACUUCCCAAUAAUUCACAGUGGGCAAAAUAGUUAUAUUUGUUCAAAGAUAACAAAACAGCAUAGAAAUCACUUUUUACCUAAGAUAUUCACUUUAGGUAAAAUUUGUGAUUUCUGGUUUUGCUAAAAUUGAAUAAAAUGUUCACUUUGUAGCAUCUGCUAAAUGCUCUUGGCAACAAAGAAAAAUGAUCCUAAAUAUAAAUGCCAGGGGGGAUUCUGAAUAGCUAAAUCUUCUCUUUGUGUCCCUAACUAUAAGGUAAUCCAUGAGAUUCCAUGUACAGGGGGAGCUGUCUUCUAUAGAAUCCAUAAAAAGUAAAUUAUAAAAAUUAUUUUGUGCCUUACACUUGAUAAUUAUUAAACUGCAUGGAUCCA